GUUCCCACUUCCGGUCCGUUCCACACCUCCGCCUGUAGGUGGCAGCACACCGGGAUGCGGUAAACUGGCACCACAGAGGAAAAGCCUCAGCCUGUUUUGGGAAACAUAACAGUUGAUGCAGAUCAUGGAAUUUCCCCAGCAUUCCCAGCAGGUGCUGUCAGCUCUGCAUUCCCAGCGCCAGCGGGGCUUCCUUUGCGAUUGCACCGUACAAGUGGGCUCAUCCCGUUUCCUGGCUCAUCGGGCGGUUUUGGCCUCAUGCUCACCUUUCUUUCACAUGUUCUACUCAGACUCUCCAGUGGGGAACAGCACCAACAGCUGUGUCACACUUGACAGUGACAUCGUCACAUCUGCUGCAUUUGGCUUGCUCUUGGACUUUGUGUAUGAAGGUGUGCUGCAACUGGACGAGUCUCCUCCUGUGGAGGACAUCUUGGCUGCCGCAAGCUUUCUUCACAUGAAUGAGGUCGUGAGAGUGUGCAAGAGGCGGCUGCAGAGACGAGGGCCUCUGGCGGAGGCAGACAGCACACGCUCUGAAGAGAGCGGAUUGAGGAAAGUACCAGAGGCUGGGGCAGAGGGUGACCGCACAGCUGAGCCCUUGGUCACCAUGGUUCCAGACCACUCAAAUCCAGUAACCAUAGCAGUCCCACUAUCCUCAGUAUCGGAAGUAGCAAACAAGAGUCAGAUGGAGUGUGUGAAGUCUGAGCAGAGGACUGGUGGAGGUUCAUCAAAGACACAAACUCCUCUAAGCCCUGACCUUGCUGAUACCACCCAGCCAGGCAUGGAUAUCCUUCAUUUGCCCCCACCCGGGGAGUUGGUGCAGAGCCAGACAAACGGACCUGCCCUGGUACCUGUAGGUCUCACCAAGAUGAGCCCUGGAGGUCAAGGCGAUGGUUCUGCCCUCUGCAGUCCAUGUAGCACCACAGAGACAUACAGCUACAGUGCUGUCCAGCAGCCUUCCUCCUCAUCCUCUUCCCUGAAUCCUCUGAGUCAGUCUGCUGGUCGAUCUGUGGUCUCCCUUAACCUUUCAAAAUCCCGUCUUUCGGAUCUCACUCAUCCAGAACUACUCAGACCGUCUGGCGACCACCAUACUGAGAACUUCUCAGAGGCUGACCACAGAAACAGUCUUCACAGAGGACAGCGGAUGGUCAAGUCAAUCCAAGCACCUGCCCCGACCAAACGUUUCCAGACAAACUCAAGACACUCGGCACUUCAGCGAGCACCAGUACAAAUCAGAAUUCAGAGUGCAGUAACACUGGAGCACCAGAGCUCGGACCUUGGGCGUGCUCCUCAAACGCAAACACUUCAACGGCCUGAGGAUGAAACUGAAGCUUCACGUGUUGCUAGAAGAUCACGUCCUCGAAGUGGAGCGACGACAGGCGAGGAUGAAGAGAUUUUGAAUAUCAAAGAGGAGGCGAUUAUUAUUUCUGAUGAGGAGUUAGAGGAGGAGAAAGAAUCAGUGAUGGAUGUGGAAGAGGAGUAUGAGGAGGACAUCCAGGAAGAAGAGCUAAAUAGUCCUCAGUUUGUUUCCACACAUUCCCAGGGACUCUUACAAAUAAACCCCCAUUCGAAUGACUACUCCUUCCCCCUCUCUCCCUCUUCUUCAUCGUCCGGAGCUGGACCUUCCUCCCAGGACACCUCCUCAUUGGCUUCCUCCCUUGUUCCUCCGUCCUCAUCUCAGCAACAUCCAGACCCUCCUGCCUUCUUCCAAGAACUCCAGGACUCCAUGGGCAACUUUGUGGAAGAUGUGCCAACCUGUGGGGUCUGCGGGAAGACCUUUUCGUGCACAUACACUCUGAGACGCCACGCCAUCGUGCACACACGCGAACGUCCUUAUGAGUGCCGCUACUGCUACAGGAGCUACACGCAGUCUGGGGACUUGUACCGACACAUUCGCAAAGCUCACGACCAGACACUGCCUGCUAAACGCAGCAAGGCAGACACAGAGGGGCCCCUGCCGCAGCCCCCUCCUCACAGCUAACACUCCGUCCAUAUAUUGCUAAAACUGUGAACUUUAACCUGAUAUCUUAACUCUUUAAGUUGAACUUCAAACUUAAGUUUAGUAUUGGAACUACUAACAUGUUUUGUGACUGUCAAAUGACCCUUUUAUCUAUUUUUAUAUUGUGAAAUUGAUAAAUUACUUUAUUAAACUAUAGAAAUCUAAUUUUGGGGACAACCAGUUUUCAGCCACCAAAGUUAUUUAGUUUGUGUUUGUUUGCUUAUUUGUUCAAAAAAACAAAAUAACCAGGAAAAAAUGGAUUAGCCAUAACUUUAUGGCCACUAAGAAGAAUCACUUUGACACCUGACUGUAAAUGAGAUGAAUAGUUAUAAAGUAGUCGUACCUGUCGUGUUAAAACUGCAACUUUCAACUCAAGGUUUGUCAGGUACUGUACGAAGGACAAGAAUAAACAUUAUAUAUUAUGUGGUGCACAACCCCUUGUUUAAACCAUAUGAAAUACUGUUUAAAAAGGAAAUGAUAAAGUAAAGUAAGUAAAAAAAAAUUCUAAAUCUUAGAUUUAAUUGACUUUAGAAGCAGAAAGAGUAGAAAGAUUUUUUUUUUUGGAGACUUUUCUGGCUUGUCCCAGUGUGUGUUUUUUUUUUUGGUUGUCUUUAAUUCAGUGAAAUUAUUUUUAAUCAUUAUUUUUUGCCCCAUUUACAGUUUUCAGGUUAUAAACACCUUCCAAACUCAUCUAAUGGUUAUCUUCGGUUUUAUACUGGGGUUAAUAUUUGUUACUGUUAAACGUUCAUUUAAAACGGGUUUUUUCAAAAGAUUGCACAGGUGAGAACUGAUUAUUAAAGACCAAAAAUCCCCUCCUCUUAGCAGCAGCUGAAAGCACCCUGGUUUUAUUCACCCUUGUAAGCACAAAAACAAAACAUGAUGCAGUGGUUUUAGUCUCCGCUUGCUUAAUGUUGACAUAUCGGUGUAACAGAAUCAUAAAAACUGUUUUGUUUUACUCCUGUGCCACUCUUUGUUUUAUCUGAGGAGCUUUUCAAUAGUUGAGGUUUGUAGCGUUAAAUAUUUGUCAUUGUGAAUUCAGCUAAAUACUCUUAUAAAAAUGUUGUAACAAUCAGUGAUUAAGAAGCUGUAUUAAAAUGGGUUUUUUCUUUUAAAGAAUUGUGACAUUAUACAGGAAGUGUUUACCGCGGUAUGCCAAAAAAAAAGAAAAAGAAAACCUGUUCUUAUAUAAGUUGUAAUACGUAUCGAUGUCCUGUUUCUGUGACUGUGUGCCAGCAGAUUUAGAUGGAGAUCAUUUUAAUGUUGUGCUGUUUUGUGGUUUUACAAGAAGAAACUGGAAGCAGCUAAAUUUUAAAGUUGGUCACAUUGUUUUGAAUCUCUUAUACCUUCAGUCUGUUUUGAUGCAUCAGCUGCAUAUUUCCUGCAGGAGGUAUGUUUCUGGGACAGUAUUUAUUGACCUUGUUUUGCCUCCAUUUCAUUCUUUAAGAUAAAUCAUUUAGGGUUGCAGCUGAUUCAAACUUUACAAGUCAGGACAAUCCUUUAAAGUUGAGAUGGAUUCACUAAACACCUGCACUUUGAAUGGACCAACACAUAGGCUCACUUAAAAAUGUUCUUCACGUCACCCACGUCUGGCCUUUUACCCUGAGGUUGAAUAGCAUGAAGGGUGGAGGAAAAGAAAGUCAGUAACCCAGUUAAAGUUUGCCUUAUCUUUACUGUCUUUGUAUGUGCCUGACUCUGGAAAUUCUUCUUCUGCACUGUUUUACAUGUUUUGAGACACUUGCUGUAAAAACCAAAAGAAAAAACAAGAAUUUUGAAAUGAUACUUUUACUGGACAAUAGGAGUGAGGAUUUAGAGGGUUUUGAGUGCCAGUGUCCAAUAUCUAAAUGUCACCUUGUGAAUAAAUUGUGUUCUGUGGUAA